CCGGAUACAAAUCAUCGUGAAGAUUAUACCAUUAAAACCUUGUCAGUCCCUGGAACCGAAUUCAGAAAUUUCACGAGUCGAUUCAAGGUCGGAUUGGGGCUGAAAUUACCAGCCAAGGCAAAAGGAUUCACAAUUCGUGAAAGCUUCGAGUUGUUUGCCAUUGAAACCGCGCGAAAUCAAGUUCAAAAAUCUACAGGGUUAAGAGGAAGUAUCAAAGACGUGAGCUUUGUUAUACAAGGAUUUGGUAAAGUGGGUUACUGGGCCGCAAAAUUUUUUGACGAUAAUGGUGCCCGGGUGAUUGGGAUCGGCGAAAAAGAUUGUGGUGCAUAUAAUGUUAAGGGAUUAAAAAUAGACGAGUUGUACGACUAUUAUAAGAACAAUGGUUCAUUCCGAGGUUUUCCAAAUGCCGAAAUUUUAGAAGAUCCGUUAGAGAUUCUCGAAUUGAAGUGCGAUGUUCUGAUUCCGGCUGCGCUUGAACGUCAAAUCGGACUUAAAAAUGUCAACCAAAUUAAAGCCAAAAUCAUUGGUGAGGCCGCCAAUGGUCCUGUGACCCCAGGAGCCAAUGACAUUUUGCUAAGCAAAGGGAUUUGUAUUAUACCAGACUUGUUACUAAACGCCGGAGGCGUUACAGUUUCAUACUUUGAAUGGUUGAAAAAUUUGUCGCACAUGAGAUUUGGAAGAAUGACCAAAAAAUGGGAUGAACUUGGUAAAACGAAACUA